CGCUGUGUGACAGGGUCCGAUCUGCGAUUCAAUUUGCAUUGGUAGAAACAGGCAGGCACGAUUACCACCGCCAUGUCUCUGGCAACUUUGCACAGCCACAGCGGCCUGGCGCAGUCGCCUGCGCAGAGGACUCGCGCAUCGAGGUGCCAGCGGCUCCAUCUGGCGUGCUCCGCCUCUAACGAGCACACGGCCGACGCCGCCGCCGACCGGCGGACGGUGCUGCUUGGUAUUGCAGGCGCCGCGGUGGCUGCGCCUCUGGUGGCCUCCGCGCCCGCCAGCGCGGCCACCAAGAUUCUGCCAGCCGCCCAGCUGUCUUCCUUCCAGAAGCGCGACAUCAUGACCGAGCUGCAGAAGCGUGCCCAGGAGGAGCUGAAGAAGGUUCUGACCAGCGCCGACGCCUCUUCUUGCGUGCGCCUGCUGCUGAACGACGCCGGCACAUAUGACCAGGCCACCAAGACCGGUGGCGCAGACGGCUCCGUCGUGCUGCCCGAGGAGCUGGACCGCCCUGAGAACCGCGACCUCAAGCCGCUGGUGGAGAAGCUGAGCAAGGCCAAGGCCGCAAUCGACGCUCGGCGGCUGGAGGGGCAGGCCCCGCUGAGCUGGGCAGACACCAUCGUGCUGGCGGCAAAGGUGACUGUUGAGGCGGCGUGGCGGGAGGACAAGAUCUCCAAGGCGGCGUCCCCGGAGAAGGGCGCCUUCCUGGCCGACGGCUUUGGCAACGCCAUCUCGGUGCGCCUGGGACGCGUGGACGCCACCCAGCCCUCCCCGCCGGGCCGCCUGCCCGCCAACGAUGCGUCGCUUGAGGAGAUGCAGCGGUUCUUCUCCCAGCUGGGCGCCAAGCCCGACCAGGGUGGCGACGGCCCGUUUGCCAAGAAGCCGCCCUUCUGGGAGCGCCAGCAGUUCCUGCUGUGGCCCUUCACACAGGCCGACCCGAUUGCCACCGAGGAGGCCAUGGCCGCUGCCAACCCCAAGUAUGCGGACUGGAAGCGCACCUACGACACCUCCCGCAAGACUGUCACCCGCACCAGCUAUGAGGAGGACUUUGGCGCCGCUUUGAGCACGCUGGCCAACCAAGGCGCCAAGUUCAUCCCUGACGCCUACAUGUGCCCUAUCGAGAUCACCCUGCCCGAUCGCUACUGAGUGGCGCUAGCCACUGCCCUCUUUCCACACAGAAUUGAGUGAGGAAUGCAGAGAGCACAGAGUGCCCAGUGAGUAGGAAGUGCGCCAUGCACCUCCUCACCCACGGAGGCAGCCAAGUCACGACUGUCCCGUCCUUCCAACCGAUCCCAGUUUUGUGCAGCUACCCAGGCACAGAUUCUCAAACUUGAGCAUUCCAAUUCCUUCUUCCUGGCAUUUUGGUAUUCACACAGCUGUCGUG